GAAAGGACAUGGGGAGGCCACCAUGCUGUGAUAAAGUUGGAGUGAAAAAGGGGCCAUGGACUCCUCAAGAGGAUACCUUAUUAAUUUCAUAUGUUGAAGAAAAUGGCCCUGGAAAUUGGAGGGCUGUUCCUACAAAAACAGGGCUGAGACGAUGCAGUAAAAGUUGCAGGCUGAGAUGGACUAAUUAUCUGAGGCCUGGAAUUAAGAGGGGCACUUUUACUGAUCACGAAGAGAAGAUGAUUAUCCAGCUUCAAGCUCUUUUGGGGAACAAAUGGGCCGCCAUAGCUUCUUAUCUUCCUGAACGAACCGACAACGACAUAAAAAAUUACUGGAAUACCCAUCUGAAGAAGAAGCUCAAGUUGGUGGGAAACGGGUCGGGUCAGUACUACUCGGAAGAUCCAUACUCGAUCUCGCCCGCUAAUGAUGCCUAUGCCCAACCGGCAGCUUCAAAUUACGCUUAUAGCACCCAGAAUAUAGAAAGGCUGUUGAAAGAUUGGAUGAAAAAUACCCCACCAACACCAAUGGAAGAAAGAUUAUCUUCAGAUGCUCAAAAUGAGGCCAAAAGCAAUAUUGAUUAUGAGGCCCUGUUUGGGUCUAAUUUGGAAAUUUCAUCAAUUCAUUGCGAUGGUUUUUCAAGAUCCGACCCGACUGGACAACUUGCUCCGCUAUCUGUUAUUGAGAAUUGGCUUUUGUGUGAUCAGGUGGGUAAGGACGGUUUGGUAGAAGGCAGAAUAAUGCAUAUUGUCAAGCAUAUCGUGCACAGAAGAGAGAGGCUCGUGUGGAUGUUGAGGCAUGCAACAGCAAGCGCGAGACAUGAUCGGGCAAUAGGCGAGCCUGGUGCGCGCGCGAGAAAUCCGCGCAUGCGCAAGGCAGUGCGCUCGCGCGAAGCAGCACGUCUGCUCGAGAUAGCG